AUGGAAGAAGGAACACAGGAGUCACAGCACUCACUUUUUGAUGGUCUUGAUGAAGUAGAAAAUGGUUUGGUUCAUGUUGAUGUAGCACUCUCGGGGACUACAGCUAGAAGAGGAUCAACAAAAUCAACAAGACAAAGGAAAACUAGUAAAGCAAGCGAUUUGAUGGUAAACAUUCCGGAGAGGGAAAGAUCAAAUUCUCAAGUUUCGGAUGAUGGUGAUUCACAAGAUGAGGAUGAUGAGGAGUUGAAUAUAGAAUCUUCCAAGUUGCCAGAUCAUGAUUUUAAAGCAGAAUUGAAAAGCUUGAUUUCAGAGGCAAUCAUGCAAAAUGAAGAUUCUUCUUUGGAAGAAAUACAAAGUGAAAGUGUAGAAUCUUACAAUGAGAAAAAGUUGACUAGAUUUGCUACUUCACAAAUUGAAUAUGCUGAAUUAUUUGAAGCUGACAGAAAGAAGGGAGAUUUAAUUUAUGAUUCUCUCUUUUAUCCUCAUCAUGUCAGAAGUAACUUGUUAAUUCAAAAGAGAAAGAAAAAGUCAUCCAAUCAAAAUCCUCUCAGCUCUCCUCACGGUGUUCCUGAUUUAAAUCUGAAUGUAGAGGAUAGUGAAUUGACCAUUUAUCACUUGUAUUAUAUGAUGUCUAUUAUCAAGUCUAGACAAGAGAUUCAAUUGAAGCAAUAUCUUAAAGGUGAUACAAAAUUAUCUGUCACUGCUUCCACUGAACAUGAAUAUCCAAUUUUUACAGACGAUUCUAUAGAAAUUCAUGUAAAUGAUCUUGGAGUUUCCGUUGAUACCCUAUGUUAUUGCUUGGAAAGUAAUAGAUAUUUGGAUGAAUCCGAAGAAGGAAAAGUGAUGAAAUCCAUGAACAAUACCUUCUCUCAAAUUGUAAUUACUAAGAAAAAGCUAGUUGCCUAUUUAUCUCUCUACCCUGAAUUCUUUACCAUUCAAAAACCUAGAAAGAAUCUUGAUUUAGUAUCACUCAAUUAUUUAUGUUUCGGAGUAGAGAAUAACCAAACUAGAGAAUUAAUCAAGUUUAAAGUCAAUGGAUCCAAUAUUGAAAUUGUAAACAUUGAAGAUAAUAAUAUUUUGUUAUCAAUUGCAUACAGAAACCUUCCUGAAAAAAUUACUCUAGAUGCAAAUAAUGAAGAACAUAUCAAAUCAUUGCUCAACAUUAUCACUGACUCAUUUCCAAAAGGCAAAUCCUCUUUCAAGAUUAGCGUUUUGAAGCGAAUACUAUUCAGCAAGUAUGAUUUUAAACCAUACAAUAUCGUCCCAUUCAUGCAUUGUUUCCCACAAUUCUUUGAAUUGAAUAAGAAGGGUGUUAAGGUUAAAAGAUUGUAUCCUACUGUCAUGGAUUACAAACCAAAGGUUGAGAAUGUCAUGUUCUUAAACAAAUCCAACUCAAAAGCUGAAUCAAAGCCUGUUGAGGGAAUGGCUAUGUUUGAACUUCCAAAAACUGAUUAUUCCAUAAUAUUUACUACUGAGGAGAAGGUUGUUGAUCAAUGGAUUCAAGAAAAUGUAUUUAAUCAUUUUGGAGAAUCAAAUGAUCAAAAGGUUGUUGUUGGUAUGGACACUGAAUUCGACUUUUUCAAGUUGAACAAGAACUAUCAACUCAAUCCAGUACUCCAUGAAAAGUUGUGGAAAAUUUUCAAAAAGCAACAACAGUUCACAACUACUACUUCCAUAUCUGUCUAUGAUGAAAAAGAAUAUUCAAACUUGAAGCAAUUGUACUUUAAGGAAUAUGAACAGACAGUCUUCCCAGAUCUUAUCCAAUUAUCAACUGGUAAAUCAUGUCUCUUGUAUGGAACAAGCGAAGGAAAGGCUAAACCAUCAAACCUGUUCGUUGAAUUAAUGUAUGACAAACGCGUUAUCAAAACUUGGUGUUCUAUGCAUGAAGACGUCAAAUUAAUAUCCCUUUGGAUUAAACACUACAACAUGAUUUUAGAAAAUAGAGAAUUUGAAGGCCUUAUUGAACUUGACCCUAGCCAACUUGGUGCUUCAACUCUAUGCGAACAACUAUUAUCCUUAAAAAUGGCAAAGGAAAGAACUGUUCAAGUUUCAAGAUGGUCAAGAUUUGGGUUAUCAAAAAUUCAAACCAAAUAUUCUGCACAAGACAGUUACCUAAACUAUCUUCUUUAUAAUAUUGUUUCAGAGAAUAAGGAAGAUUUAACCCAAGUCGAAGAACAUGAGUCCAUCUCAUUUUCUUUGUUUGAUCCAAGUAUGAGUAUUUAAUUCAACAUUUACAAUGUGUAAAGUUUGAGAACAUAAUUUAUUAAGCCAUAAAAUUUUCUUUUACAAUCAU